AUGAACAAGUCCAAGGAAUCUCCCAGAAUCACGUCUCUUCGGAAAGUGAUAACCUUGGCUGUCAUUGUGAUGAUGGCUGGAAUCGGGUAUCCUCUAUUCGUUUACACUACAUCGAUCUAUCGUGCCGAUUUACCAAUCGAUCAAAUCAAUAGCUAUGAUCUAUCAACUAUGGAGUUUAAGAUACCGAUUUAUGUGAAUGUACCACUCGAUCAAAAUAGUCUACGAACGCAGUUUGAUCUGCUAUACCCUGAUUUGGCCCAAAACUGGUUAAUCGAAUUUGUUGACAAGGCAGACGCAAGGUAUAUUGUCAACGUACACCAAGAUGCCAAGUCGACCAAAGUUGAAACAUCUGACAGGACAAUUGAUAUAAGUCUACGACCACAGGAUGAUGUGAAUGCUUCAAUUCAACAAGCUUUGUUUGAACAGGUCUUUAAAGACGAAUUGGAUCAAUUAGUCUCAUUAAAACGUCGUCAAUCAACAACCGAUAUCUCAUUCCCUUACAGUAAUAAAUAUAACUUGGUAUUCUCGUUGCUUGUUGAAGAUGGAAAGAAAGUCAAUUGGCAAAUAGAACAAGCUCUUGCCGAAUUCGAACCAGUUCUUGUGUUUUUACAAAACAUCACUUCAUUUUCCGUAACCACCCAGAUCCAAUACUACUCCAACCUCAAAGGUAUUUACCCCAAUGGAAUCAUUACUCAAGAUGACUUGACCACAUUUGUUGAUUUCGGUGGUUGGAAUCUUGUUAAUUUAGAUAUCGAACCCACCAUCAAUUUCGUAACUUUUCUUCCCAAGAACAAACUUUCCAUUGCCGAUUCUGAUUCCAACUCCUUUUUGAUUCCUCAAUGGGGAGGAUUCAAGAUUUACAACAGAGGAUUACCAUCAAUGGCCAAUGCAACAUUGACCGUGGAUGAAUUAGUCCCCAUUAUGAAUAUUUUUGCCAAUCAAUUAUUACAAUUGCUCGGGUUCCCCAAAAGUGACAGCCAAUCCUUGGAAAUAAAGCUAGACUCGUUGCAGCGCGUGUUGGUGUACAAGAAUCUUCAAAACUCACUUGAUAACUUGAAAUCAUUAGUCAAAUUGUCACAGUCCUUGAAGGAUAUCACUGUACCAGAAGAAACUCGCCAACAGGUGCUUUACAGUCUUGAGCAAGUUGAUGAAGCCAUCAAGACAAAAACGGUGGAUGCUUCAGCCAAAGCAGAACUGGCGUCAAAUAAAGCGUUUUUUGAAAAGAAGAUGGUCCAACAGGCUUAUUUCCCUAGUGAGCACAAGUUGGCGGUGUUCUUGCCCUUGUUGGGACCGAUUUCGUCAAUCGUUAUUUUCAACAGCAUAAAGUUAAUCAAGGGUUAA